AUGGACGACAAAUUACCACCGAUUGCCAUCGUCGGGAUGAGCUGGCGCUUCCCGGGCGAGGCCCAAUCCGCCAGUGGAUUUUGGGACAUCCUGCGGAAGGCGAGUCGGCCAAGACUCGGAUCCCCGUUGAUCGAUUUGACCCAGAGGCGUACUAUCACCCAUCGGCUGAUCGACAGGGCGCUGCAAGCGAGGACUGCCAGCUGUCUAGGAAUGGAUGUGCACCGUGCUAACCUGCCCUGGCAGAUUACAACCAAGGAGGGCCACUUUCUCAAGGAGGACAUUGCGGCCUUUGACGCGCCGUUUUUCUCCAUGACUGCGACCGAGGCUGAAGGAAUGGAUCCGCAGCAUAGGAUUCUAUUGGAGGUGACCUAUGAAGCAUUUGAGAAUGCUGGGAUGCCUUUGAGAACCGUUACAGGGAGUCAAACAGCGGUGAUGGUAGGAUGCUUCACGAAGGACUACGAAGUCACCUCGGGGCGAGAGAAUGCAUACAUGUCCCCGUAUUCGUCGACCGGCUGUGGUGGCGCAAUGAUUGCCAACCGCUUGUCGUGGUUCUACGACCUCCGCGGUCCCUCUCUUCUCAUUGAUACCGCUUGUUCCUCGAGCCUGGUCGGCCUCCACAUGGCAUGUCAGGAAAUUCACAACGGAGGAAGCAAGAUGGUACCCACCCUCCAAAACUGUUUCGGCACCAAUCUCAUGAUCCAGCCCGAGGUAUGGCGUGGGCUAUCGGCGCUGGGUUUCCUCAGCCCUGACGGGCAGUGCCACAGCUUUGAUAGCAGAGCCAAUGGCUACGGACGGGGCGAAGGGAUCGGCGUCAUAGUCCUGAAGCCGCUGAUGGACGCCGUUCGAGACAAUGAUGUUAUAAGGGCAGUUAUUAGGGGCACGGGUAUGAACCAAGACGGGAAAACACCAGGAAUCACAGUACCCAGCUCAGAGGCCCAGAGAAGCCUAAUUCGAUCCACAUACAAGGCAGCGGGUCUCGGGUUUUCUGAAACGGUGUAUUUCGAGGCCCACGGGACAGGGACACCCGUUGGCGACCCCCUCGAGCUGUCCGCUAUAGGCGCCUCGAGGCUUGCGGGUCUCAUCAAGACGAUUCUCGUUCUCGAGAAGGGUCAGAUCCCCGCUGUGUAUGGCCUUGAGGCGCCGAAUCCGCGGUUUGACCUGGAAAGAUGGAACAUCUGCAUCCCUACUGAACUUACGCCGUGGCCAACGCCGGGGCUACGCCGAGCGAGCAUCAAUUCAUUUGGGUAUGGAGGUACAAAUUCGCAUGUCAUUCUGGAUGACGCGUUUCACUAUCUUGCCGAGAGGGACAUCACCGCUAACCACAACACGCGGCCCCAUGUAAUCUCGCUUCCAUCAACGCCAGACUCCGGGAUUUCCAUUGACCCUCUGGAUAACGUUUCAAAUGCUACACCAAAGCUAUAUGUCUUUUCGGCCCCGGAACCAGACGGUGUUACCCGCAUUGCCCAGACAUACGCGGACUUUGUUGGGAGCAGUCAUGACCCAGAACAAAAGAGGUCUGAGGAGGGGUACAACCCGAUGCUGGACAAUGAGCUUGGGCUUGCGUACACGCUCGCCGAGAGGCGUACAAUAUUCGACUACCGCGGAUUCGCCGUCGCUAAGUCGCUGCAGAAUCUCAAAAAGGUGCUUGAAAGCACCCCCCCCCCCCCAAGGGCAACACGAUUGCUCAAGGAUCCUUCCUGCGCAUGGGUAUUCACUGGACAGGGAGCGCAGUGGUUUGCAAUGGGCCGGGAGCUGCAGGAGAUGGAGGUCUUCAGCGAUAGCCUGCGUAGAGCGGACGAAUACAUACUCUCGCUUGGAAGCGAUUUCUCCAUCCUUGAUGAGCUCAAUCAGUCGGAGGAGAAGAGCCGCAUCAAUGAGCCGCGGUUCUCGCAGGUACUGUGUACCGUUGUCCAGGUGGCCCUUGUAGAGCUCCUGAAGCAUUGGCGGCUGCGCCCAAAGGCUGUCGUGGGUCACUCGAGUGGAGAGAUUGCCGCAGCUUUCGCCUGCGGAGCGAUCAGCAGAGACGCAGCAUGGAAGAUCGCCUAUUUUCGCGGCCUACAUUCCGGGCAGAUUGCUGGUCUCUUGCCCGAUAGGCAGGGGGCUAUGUUGGCGGUCAACUUGUCACAGUCCGGGGUCCUACCCUAUCUAGACAGGGUUACGGACGGAGAAGCCGUAGUGGCAUGCAUCAACAGCCCCCAGAGCGUGACCGUCUCCGGUGAUAUAUGUGCGGUGGCACAGAUUGAAAGUCUGCUGCAGAGUGACGAUGUCUGGUGCAGGAGGCUAAAGGUUCAAAUUGCGUACCACUCCCCGCAUAUGAAAGUAAUUGCGGAGCAGUACCUGGUAUCAAUCAGAGACGUCUGGCCCACUACUACGACGUCCGAUGUUGCGUUCUUCUCGUCUGUCUCUGGCGCCAAAACUCCCUAUUCCAGCCUGGACGCGGAGUACUGGGUGAGGAACCUUCUUAGCCCCGUCCGCUUCUCCGACGCAGUUACGGCGUUGCUGAGCCAGAGUUCUACCAAGAUCCGACGCAAGGGAUUACCGGGUGUGAACGCUCUAGUCGAAAAUGGGCCCCAUUCUGCUCUGCAGGGACCAUUGCGCGAUAUUGUAGCGCAUGUUCCGAAUCUGAAUGCCAACUCGGUCACUUACACGUCUCUACUGCAGAGAGGAAAGAGUGCGACCGCGACAGCACUGGAUGCAGCCGGCAAGCUUUGGGCCCUGGGAUUUUCCCUGGACCUGGGACGAGCCAACUCCAACACCUGCUCGCCAUGGGCCCAGUGCAAACCCCUGGUUGAUCUGCCAAGGUAUCCGUUCGACCAUAAACGAAGAUACUGGCACGAGGCCCGAAGUACACGAAUCAGGCGGACGAGGACCACACCGCGGACCGACUUGCUGGGCCUCCCAAAAGACGAUCACAGCACCGUUGCCCCGCGCUGGCACAAUUUUAUCAGCCCAGCGGAGAUCACCUGGCUCAUGGACCAUCAAAUCCAGGGAAUCAUCAUCUUUCCCGGUGCCGCCAUGCUCGCCAUGGUGUUGGAGGCCUGCAAACAGGUGGCUGGAUCUCACGCGCACUCGAUACAGGGCUACGAAUUCCACGACGUCACCUUCUCCAGACCAAUGGUCUUUUCUUCUUCUAACGCGGUGGUCGAGACGAUCCUGCAAUUCCAACCGCAUAAUAUCGGCACCCGGAGCAGCGGCACUACAGCCACCCACUGGACACACUUCAGCAUUCUGUCCAUGACCCAUGAAAACUCCGCGACAGAACACUGUACAGGCCUUGUACGAAACAUUAUUGCCAGUAACCCGAACGAGGUCGACCACACCGUUGAAAUCCUCCAGAGCUGGAACGCCUACAAACAGGAGCACGCGGCGAUUCUCCAGAAACCCACAAAGAUUCAACCGGCCAGUCGGCUCUACGACCGCCUGACGAACUUAGGUCUUUUCUUUGGUCCUGCCUUCCGCAACAUCACGCGGAUUUACACGGGUGACGGUUUCGGUCACGGCGAGCUGCAGAUCAAGGACACGGCGGCCCGGAUGCCCGCUAGACGCGGUCUUCCAGAUGAUGAUCUGCUCCUGAUUGAGUCGCUUUAUGUAUCAGCCUCGAUUCCACCUGUUGGAUCGUGCAUGAGCGGGUACAGCACGCUGAACCCCAAAUUGCGGCUGCAGCAAAGCGGAAAUGUUGUCCUUUCGGACAAUGCCUGGAGUGAGCCCAAGGUUAUUCUUAAGGGAUUCGUCUGCACGGAACUCGCCUCAACUCAACUCCGCCAUGCUCCUCGCAAGAUCUGCACACGGAUGGAUUGGCGGAUGGAUGUUUUAUCUUCUCCGAUUACAGCUGCGAGGCUCUGGGGGUCCUUUCAGGUACUUUCGCCGACCUUCUCGAAAGAGGCCAGAGCUUGGAAUCGGGCUGCAAUCCUGUGCGCCCGGAAAGCGUCCUCCACCCUUCCGCAACUAGAGGGAGGACAGGCCACGAGUCCAACCUUGGCACGGUACAUCGAUUUCCUGAAGACAAUCGCAGUCGAGCCACUAGAUGAGACCCUUGGCGAAUCCGGGAACCUCGAGUCCUGCCCAGUGAUGCAAACGAUCGACACAGUAGGAAGCGGGCUAACGCAGAUCCUGAGUCGCAGCAAUGAAGCCGAGCCCAUCGUGACGUCCGACCUUAUUUCCAAAUUCCUCAAUGACGCCGUCGAUCGAUCCUUUGUCAACUCUGUGGUUUCGGGGUUCAUCGACCGUGCGGGAGACGUCAAUCCUGAUAGCCAAAUACUCGAGAUUGGAGACGGGUCAGCUUUCUGCGCAUUGUCUGUUUUACGACGCGUCGCACCCAAGUCAGCGGGAUGCGCACGCCUCACGACAUAUACUCUGGCAACACACGAGUCCGAGGCACUCACCCAGGCCAAAACCAUCUCCAAGGAAUGGCCUUCGUUUAAAACGGCGCGGCUUAAUGUUGAAAAAGACGCCGAGAAACAAGGGUUUGAGGCUGGCUCGUACGACUACAUAAUCAUGACCAACCUGAUGCCCACAGUGGAUCUUGCGGUGACGCUAGCAGCGGUCAAGAAACUAUUGAAACCCGAUGGGAAGCUUCUUGUGGCAGGGAUAACGGCCAAUCAGCCCCGGACAGCCUUUGUUCUAGGUUCUGAUGCAAGAUGGUGGAAUACGCCCCGGGACGAGAUGGAAUGGGACACCCUGCUGAAACAAGCUGGCUUCACGGGUAUCGAUCACAUCGUUGACGAUUCUGCGGACCCAGACCUACGAGGGGUCUCUGUUAUGAUGACUGCUGUACCUGUCAGCACUGAUUAUGAUUUCUCGGAGGUGGUCAUUCUCAAUAGAGCUAACUGUCCCUGUGAGAGUGAUGUGCUCAGCAAAAAAUUUGGGGAGUUGCUCACCAAGCGUGAUUUCUCCGUCAGCCAUACUACCCUUGACACAGUACCGGAGGAUCUCACAGGCAAGGCUGUAGUGUCGUUCCUGGAGCUCGACAACGCACUGCUCGAAGACAUGUCCGAACACGAGUUUGUCACAGUCAGGAGCCUAAUCUUGAACAGCGCAGGUGUGAUCUGGGUGACCCGGCAGGGCCAAGUUGCCAGUGCAGCCUCCCACCCCUUUGCAGGAGUCGCCAGCGGACUGUUGCGCACUGUCCGCUCAGAAGAUUCGACCAAACGACUCGGCAAUCUCGACCUGUCGCUCGGGACAAACCCACAGGAUGAGCUUGCUGUUAGCAUCGUCUACGAGGUGUUCCGGACCGUGCUGAGAACAAGACACUCUGAUCGCGAAUCCCGAGACUGGGAAUUCGCCGAAGACGGCGGCUGCGUAUACAUCCCACGCGUCUUCGAAGAUGAGGAGCUGAACUCAACAAUCACCCAGAUAGACAGGGUGCCCCAGGCGAGUCAGCAGCCACUCUUCCAAGAGAAUCUGCCGUUGAAAAUGGUCCUGCGGGAACCGGGCUUGCUCAACACGUUCGCAUUUGUGGAUAACGAGGAGUUUCGCGAGCAGUUGAAGCCAGACUACGUUGAGUUGAAGGUUCUCUGCACCGGGCUCAACUUUGUGGACAUCAUGGCUGCGCUGGGCCAGGUGCCUACGACGACUCUGGGCUGUGAGAUUGGCGGAAUCAUCACGCAUGUUGGGUCGCAGGUUACCCGGUUCAAGCCGGGUGACAAAGUUGUGGGCAUGCUGCAGGGCAGUUUCAACAGCCACGUCCGCAUCCGAUCAACCAUCAUUCAGCACGUCCCAUCCCACAUGACUGUCGAAGACGGAACGACAGCUAUAGUAUCCUUCCUGACCGCCUGGAUCGCACUGGUCAACAAGGCCAACCUGAUCCGCAACGAAACAGCGCUGAUCCACUACGGUGCCGGCGGCGUCGGGCAAGCUGCGAUCCAGAUCUGCCAACACCUCGGCGUCGAGAUCUACACCACCGUCGGGUCCCAAGAGAAGAAGGACCUGCUCAUUAAUCAGUAUGGUCUGGCCGAGGACCACAUCUUCUACUCGCGGGAUACGACGUUCGCCGAAGGCCUAAUGAGAAUGACUGCUGGCCGCGGCAUCGACGUCGUCUUGAACUCGACCUCCGGCGAGCUCCUCCGGCAGUCGUGGACCUGUGUCGCAGACCACGGGCGCUUCGUCGAGAUUGGCAAACGCGAUAUCCUGAACAAAGUCGGCCUCGACAUGGGCCCCUUUAUCCGCGGCGUCAGUUAUAUCGGAUUCAACCUCGAGAUGUACCACCAGUGCAGCCCCGUCCACAUGGAAUGUUCACGGGCGCUCGACGAUAUCUUCCAUCUGUUCCGCACAAAGCGCUUCCACCCGCUGGUCCCGCUGACCGCGUACAGCUACGCACAGGUUGAGCAGGCGUUCCGGGCCCUGCAAUCCGGUGCGGUCUCUGGGAAGGUUGUCGUCCAGGCGCGAGACGAUGAUCUAGUCCCCGUCGUUCCCCCGGUAGAAACCCCGUUUACGAUUGACCCAGACGCGACGUACCUAUUAGCUGGUGGAUUGGGUGGGAUUGGCCGCAGUAUUGCCGAUAUGCUCCUGUCGCAUGGGGCCAGAAAUAUUGCGUUCAUAUCUCGAUCAGGGGACUCCAGGAAGGAAGCGAAAAUAUUCUUAGAUCAGCUGCGUCAGCACGAUUGCAAUGCAAGGGCUUAUGCGUGCGAUAUAUCGAAUCGGGCCAGUCUCCAGACUACGCUGGCACAGUGUGCCGCUGAAAUGCCUCCGAUCAAGGGUUUGAUCCAAUGUUCGAUGGUACUCAAGAUCCAGGGCUCCUGGAACCUGCACGAGCUCGUCCCGCCAGACCUCGACUUCUUCAUCCUGCUCUCGUCAAUCUCUGGUGUGAUCGGCAAUCCAGGACAGGCCAACUACGCAGCCGGCAACGCGUUUGAAGAUGCCCUGGCUCGCUUCCGGCGCCAGCAGGGCCUUCCCGCCACGGCGAUUGAUCUCGGCGCCGUCCGCGACGUCGGAUACAUCGCCGAGUCCGACAAGACAGCGGACCUGGCGCAUACUGCGGCAUUCCAGAUUUCUGAGAAGGAGGUCCAUCAUCUUGUGGGGCUUGCGAUUGCAGGGGGUCCUCGAUCUGAGCGCCAGAUCCAGGGACAGGGCCGGGGGAAGCAGGCCCCGGCGCGGAUCAUCACUGGCCUGAGCGCGAGCCAGGAGAUGGACGAUGUCCUCCGACGGGCUCACUGGGCGCGGGAUGCCAAGUUCUCGACGCUGUGGAAGCCAGGUGGAGUAGAAAACAACGAUGCGGCGCUUCAGGCUGGUCUGGAAGCAAUUUGCAAAGCGGAGUCACUGGAAGCGGCGUCGGGCAUUGCGGAGGAUAUGAUUGUCUCGCGGGUGGCGAGGGUACUGAUGAUCCCUGUGGAAGAUGUCAACAGUGCGCAGCCUUUACACACAUAUGGAGACGGAAAUUUCCAUCUUCGACAUCCUCAGCCCGAGUCCCUUGUCGGCGCUUGCCACCAAAAUUGUUAG